AUGUCUUCACUUACCUUCUUCCUCGUGAUUGUUGGCUUCCAAGCUGUGGUACAGACCACAUUCGGCCAGUGUCUUGGUAAUUAUCCGUUAAAUGGAUUUGGUAAUUACGAAACUGGUUGCGGUCGUCACGGCUUUGGAACUACCUUGGGCUAUGGAAUACCUGAAGCUAUCGGAGGAUAUGGUGGAGAAGGUAUUGGUGAUUUGGAUGUAGCUGGUGAGCUAGCGGUAGCGGGAAUUACCGCUGUUGCUGGACAAGUCCCGAUAUUGGGCGCAGUCCAAUUCGGAGGCGAAGUGCCAGCAGCUGGCAUCGUUACCAUUUCUGGAAGGUGCGGUUGUGAUUGCAAUGGUUCCCCGUUGUUUUAA